AUGACGGUCAACCUCAUCACAACUAUUGAGUUAUAUGGGGAAAUUGUCAAGCGCUUCCCCUUCCGUCUCGACAUUGUUGCAUGGCUGGUUGCAGCCCUACGCGAUAGUAGACUUUGGGGAGCAUCCCGUGACGAAGAAGUUCUGGUUCUUUCUGAUUACGUUGGAGCUUAUAUAUACAAUCUGGCUGCUGGAAUAGUGCCGUGUAAAAAUUGGAGACACUUAUUUGAGCUUCAUCUUGCUUCUGGUAAUAUUUAUGCUGCGAGAGGAGAUGCAACUGCUGCAUACAGAGAAUAUAACAGGGCUUUUCGAGCUGCGUUUGGUGGUGAUGUCACUGAACUCGUAGCAGUAAUCAACAGGGGAAAUAUGGGUGCAGUCAAGAUACUAUGCGCACCGUCCGAGUUGUAUCAAUAUAGUGUCGUGCUUUACGAAGCAAUAGACGGACAGUUAUUUGGAGAAGCUGUAAACAGCGAGAGUCUCCUGCUAGUCGAUAGCUUGCUUGCUAGUUUUUUGGGCUUGCUUGUGAAGCAUUGGACUAUUCUUAAAGAUGAGGUGGAAAAGACUGGCGAUGGAGUAAACAGGGCUUUCUUACCUUACCUCGUAUAUACACGCUUAGUGUUACUUUAUGAACAAGGCUUGCCAGCAUACGAUCCAGUGGUCAUUCGAGAAAUUGCUUUGCAUUUGGCCCGUGUGCUAGCGGACACAUACGGCGGACAAGAAGAGCCGAUAGUCUUUGGAGAUAGGCAGAUUCGAAUCAUGAAUGGUGUGCAAGUCGGCAUCGAGUAUAUCCGAUGGCUUUGCAAGUUUGUUGAUAAUGAAGACUCGGCCGUAACAACAGGAAAAUUCUUGCGAAAUAUGAGUGUAGGCGACGCAAAAAUAUAUUUUGAAGAGCUACACGCUCUUAUUCCGACCAAUAAAGUUAUUGAACAAGAGCUGGCAAACACAUAUUCUGCGUUGGCUGCAUUCAAGUCCGAAAACGACGAGUUUCAUGAAGCUGUUCAGUUAUGUGAAGCUUCAAUAAGAAUGUGCCCCGACUUGCCAUGCUUUCUUCUUCAGUUCUAUAACAUCAAGUAUACACACUGUGACUGGAACAAUCUUGGCGGAAAUGGCGCCCAGUACUUUGUAGAUGAGAAUGGUCGCCUCAAAUCUUCUGGUAGCUGUUAUGAGGGUCUAGUCGAAAGAGUCGUUUCUGAAUUCGAGAAGUCUAUAGCCAACGGACAGAAUUACGGUAAAGGCAUUCUCAAAGCAGUCGGUGGUCCAAAAAAGUUUGUCGAAGACGUUACAAAGUGUCUGCAUCCCGAAGAUCCGCUUCGAAUCGAAUUAAAAAAUAAGGCAGAUCAUUGGGAAAAGAUAAAAAAAAUACCGCUGGCAAACGAAGGUGGAUGGGUUAUUCGAGUAACCGAAAAAGUUACUCGUGCAUUGCAAAGAAAGUGGUAUUACGACAGUUACGGUCGACAGUACAAUGACAUUUUCGGCAGAGUAAAAAGAAUUCGAACUGGUACCGAAGAAGAGAAAUAUAAACGACCCACUCUUCCACCCAUGCUUGAACGACCAGAGCCUACUCCCUUGGAUCCGUUUACGGCGUUUAAUGUUCCAAUGACGGCCAGACAAGUGCGUUUAUGUGCACAUCGAUACGCUCUUGCGAUAUCGUAUGAUGCAUUAAAAGCAGAAUGCAUACCGAAAACAGUAAUACCACCACCCCCUCCCCCAGCACCACGAUUGAAAAUUGGUUACGUUAGCUCGGAUUUGCACGGAAGACAUCCGAUGGCUCAUUUAGUAUCAAACAUGUUUGGAAUGCACGAACGAUUGCAAUUUGAAGUGUUUGUGUACGCAACAUGUCCUAAUGAUGGAUCGAGAUUUAGGAAUAACAUUGAAACUCAACUAGAAGCUGGGCACGUAAAGGAUGUUAUGUCACUUCCAAUGGAGGAACUUGUUCAAGUUAUUCACAAAGACGGUAUACAUAUUCUGGUCAAUCUCAAUGGGCAUACAGCUGGAGAUCGAAAUCAUCUGUUUUCUGCUCGAGUGGCUCCUAUCCAGAUACAACAUAUGGGCUUCUGUGGUAGUUGUGGAGGAGACUGGAUCGACUAUUUCAUAUCGGAUAACCACAUAACGCCAGCAAAUGCCAUUGCAUCGAACUUUAAGAGUGUAAACUCUAGACCUGGUGACAUUCUUGACUCGCCUGAUCCGGAAGAAGCUGACAACGACUGGUGUAUAUAUGAAAAAGUAAUCUUAAUGCCAAAUACUUAUUUUGCUACUGAUUAUAGACAAUCGUUCAACGAUACGGAAGAAAUACCACAAAAAGUUCGCGAGGAUCCUGAGCAGUUAUGGUUGUACGAGCAAGAUAGAAGAUGGGAUUUGCGGAAGAAGUUAUUUCCUAAUAUAGCCGACGACAGUAUAAUUCUUGCGACAUUUAAUCAAUUGUACAAACUAGACCCCUGUACAUUCAGAAUCUGGUGCAAUAUCUUGCAAAGGUCAGAGAACGCUUACUUAUGGGUACUCGAGUACCCACGAGCAGGGGCACUGAAAUUAAUAGAAUAUGCUAGAAUAUGGUGUAGUGAAUCUGUUGCCAAGAGGAUUCUUACCACCGAGAAAGCACCGAAAGACGAACACGUAUACCGCACUAGGAUUGCAGAUUUGUUGCUUGAUAUGCCAAAGGUCAAUGCUCACACAACUGCUGCAGAUACACUUUGGUCGGGUACUCCUAUUCUUACUUGUUCAGGCGAAGUUCAAAAGACUGCUUCACGGGUAGCACAUAGUAUUGCUAGUGCAACUGGUGUGAAAGGGAUGACAGUGACGAACAUGAAAGAAUAUGAAGAACGCGCCGUUCAACUCGUCAGAUCUGUCAAGUACAAAUAUAGAGAAUAUUCCACCAAGGAUAUCCCUAAGAGAUGGCAUCGAGUUGGAGAGGGUGAAUUGAUAGAAAUGAGAAAGAAACUUUUCUUGGGUAGAGAAAAAAGUGCAUUAUUUGAUACUCCUAGAUACGUUAAGGAUAUGGAGAAAGGGUUUCUCAUUGCUUGGCGCCAGUGGAUUAGCGGGCAAGAGAAAAACAUUAUUAUAAAGAAAGAUUGA